GAGAGCCCGAUGGCGGCGGCGGCCGCGCCAAGGCGCCCGGCUGAGGCCGGCGUGACCUUGGAGGAUGUGGCCGUGCAUUUCUCCCGGGAGGAAUGGAGGCUGGUGGACGAGGCUCAGAGACGCCUGUACCUGCGGGUGAUGCUGGAGAACUUUGCACUUGUCUCCUCUCUGGGUUGCUGCUGUGGAGCCGACGAUGUGGAAGCACCCGGCGAACAGAGGGUUUCUGUGGGAAUGUCACAGGGGAAGAAUCCUCAGACAGCCUCGUCUUCCCAGAAGAGACACCCCUGCGAGAGUUGCGGGCCGGUCUUGAGGGACAUUUUCCACGUGGUCGAGCGUCAGGGGACACAGCACAGCCAGAAACUGCUGAGGUGUGGGGCGUGCGCAAGGCGAUUUUAUUUCGGUGUAAACUGUCACCAGCUUAAGGAGCAGCACAUGGGAGGGGAGCCCUUCAGAAGUCGUGCGGACAAGGCCUCAUUCGUGAGGAGCGGCAGCACCCACCCGUCAGGGAAGACCUUGACCUCUGAGCAGGGUGAGAGGGACUUCCUGCCCAGCUUGGGACAUCGGCAGCCACAGCUCCCUCAAACCAGGGAGGAGCCAAACAAAGUCCCCCCGUGUUUAACUCCACAGAGACCAGAACGUCCCUACGGCAAGACCGUGUUUUGCGUCCAGUGA